AUGGCCCGAUCUCGCGGAGGCUGCCUGAACUGUAAAGCCCGCAAGCGAAAAUGCGACCAGGCUCGCCCGGAGUGCCGCGCUUGCUCCCAAAGGGGCAUGAGGUGCCAGGGUUACUCGACUCCCCUCCGCUGGGUCAAUGGCGUCGCUUCUAGAGGCAGAUUUGCCGGCGCCUCUGUCCCCGACGCGUCAUUGGUCGCGAACCAAGGGCCUGAGAGCAAUCAAGACCUCAAUUCCAUGGAUUCCGAGACUUCCUCUGCUCCUAGGCACGACACGUCGAGUCCUGCGUCGGGCUCUGUCUCGUCGUCUGCCUUUUCGCCGCAGACCAUUGGCGUGCCGUCAGCAGAUGCGCAAGACCCGAGGUUUCAGAGAUUUAUGAACAAUGGCCUCAAUCGGCUGUACUCUACGGAAGCAAGCUCUUGGAUCAAGCCCUUCUUUGAGCAGAUGGCUUAUCAGAGCCCAGCGCUGGUCAUGAUCGCUGGUGCCAUACAGCUCUACAUGGAUGAUGGCAAUCGCGGCAUGUCCGUCAAGUCGAUGGAAUACACCGACCUCGCGCUACAGACGUUCCGACAAGAGCUUUCCGCUCGGUAUGAGCGAAUGCACCUCGCGACAAUAUGCGCUGGCUUGCUAGUGUGCUCACUCUGUCUACUGCAGACCCAACCGUGGACAAUGUACCUCGAGCUCAUUGUCGACGUCUACGACCUCAGGACCAAGCUCAGCACCGUUGGUCAAAUUUCUAAUGAUCUCCAUACCCAACAUCUUGUCGAAGUUCUUGGUGUGAUGGAUCUUCCGUCCAGCGUCAUCGGUCGCGUAAAUCCUUCCAUCGGCGUCUGGAAACUCUUCCGUCGUCUUCAAGAUGAUCGCGACGAAGGCCGAGCCACCGGUGUAGAAGUCGUAUCAGGCAUACCCCGCUCUCUCCUCGAUAUCUUUGCGAGCAUCGUGGACAAUGACCCAGAGUAUACAGAGACACGCUUCUGGGACUGGCCGGGACAGGUAGGUGAGUCGCUGCAGUGCCACUACUGGGAAUGCUGGCGCCUGGCAGGUAUACUGGAAGUCCGUCGUCGGCGAAGAAUGGAGCGAAAAGCACGAGGGCUCCCAGAUAGAGAAGAUGGCAUUCCGAGGAAAGGACCAGAUACAGAGGUCGUUCUCUGCCGUCUCAUCUCAUCGAUAGAUGCCCUGCAAAAGGCCUUUGAAGAGCCUCGCAACCAACACCUCCUCGUCCACAACGGUCUUCCAUAUGCCGUCGUCAACGCAGGCCUCGAAGUCCCCCUCCUCAAACAACAUCCAACCUGGAAAGCAACCCUCGACGAUGUCAGGAAGUCAUUACUUGGCACAGAUUCCUUUGAUCUAAUCAAUACUAUUUUCGAAAUGCUCGAUGAGGCGUGGGCGAACGGGACAAAUACUUUUGACAUUGAGAGCGCAGCACGCUCCAGGAAUCUUGAACUUGCUAUUUUUUAA